AAUAUUGUGUAUUUGAUCUUGGUUCUACAUGGAAUAGGAAUAUUAAUGCCUUGGAAUAUGUUUAUAAAUGCGAAAUCUUAUUUUGUGGAUUACAAGUUGGGGAAUGAUUACUUAGGUCAUGUUAUGCAUUAUGCUUCCAUUUUCAUGGCUCACUUGACUAUUUGCUCACAGCUACCUAGUCUUCUAUUCAAUUGGCUCAACAUAUUUUGUCCAAUAGGCGGAAAAUUGACAACUAGAAUUGUGUGGUCUAUUCUUACCGAGAUACUUUGUUUUGUUUUUACUGUUGCAUUGGUCAUGAUUAAUACCUCACAAAUACCAGCUCUAUUCUUCUGGUCAACUCUAUGCAGUAUAGUAUUGUUGAAUAUGGCAAAUGGUAUUUACAACAGUUCUGUUUUUGGGAUGGCAGCUAAACUCCCCGCAAAAUAUAUUGGCGCUGUAGUUCUUGGUACAAAUUUAAGUGGUACAUUUACAUCUAUUGCUAACAUUGCAUCAAUUUCAAUAACUCCAGAUGCUCGAACUGCUGCUUUAUAUUAUUUUACCACUGCGCUGUUUGUGUUGAUUACUUGUUUGAGUACAUAUUUUGCAUUGCCAUUAAAUGUAAGUAAUUUACACUUUGAGUAUGAAUAGGUACGCAAACAACAAAGUACAUUUAUUUAUUUAUGUAUGUAUGC